UUUUAUUGUAUUUUUCAUAUGAGACGAUAUGGAAUCAGUUUAAGUGUGUCAAUUGGGGAUUAGGGGGACAAAUAGGGACUAAUCGGUCCUCCUCCUUCUUUCAACUCGUACAUGAUGGGAGCCCCCCUGUUUGAUAUUAGUAUUAGAAGACCAUAAUCAGUCUCUAUCAGAGAUUUGUGGUGAUGCGACAAUUACGUUCUACUUUCCAGUCAUUUGUGAUACCUAAUUGUGAUUUUGUGAUAGAUUUUCAAAGAAAACACUUCUUUUGUUGUGAUAUUUUAGUUUAAUUUACAAUGGCGGGACCUGAUAAAAUAAUAGCAGAUAUAUUCUCACCGUUUCAAGACCAUAUUAACGCAGAACAGGAUGUAAGGGAGGUUAUCAGGAAUAUUAUAAAAGAAAUCGAGAAAUCAACCAGAGACAUCAUCACAAACCUUCAAGUGAUCCAUAGCCAAAGCAACUGUGAAUAUAUUCAUCAUGGUAUUAUGAAAUCUCGUGAGAUAAUGCAAGGAAUUGCUAAAGGCUUUGAGGAAUUGGACAAAGCAGUGCCCCCAGGUGAAUAUUAUCGUUACAACGACCAUUGGAGGUUCUCCAUACAGAGAUUAUGCUUCUUGGCUGGGCUCAUAGUCUUUCUGGAAAAGGGAAUUUUGAUCGAGAGAACCACGGCUUCAGAAAUGAUCGGAGUUAGCAAUAAGCAAAAUAUCCAUUUGGACUUGGAAGACUACUUGAUGGGGCUCCUAAAUUUAGCCUCAGAACUGUCCCGCUUUGCAGUCAGCUCUGUAAUUUUGGGAGAUUUCAGUCGUCCUUUGCAAAUCUCAAAGUUUGUAGGUGAACUAAAUGCAGGUUUCAGACUUCUGAACCUCAAAAAUGACUCGCUCCGCAAACGAUUUGACGCUCUCAAAUAUGACGUCAGAAAAACUGAAGAGGUUGUGUACGAUUUAUCGAUAAGAGGCUUGAUUCCUGGAAGCUUGCAGUCAGAAGAAACGAAUAUCGAUACCUCGCAGCCAGGAGAAACAAAGCCUACCGAAUAGGGACAUUUUUAUUUAGCGUAAAGGCGAUCUUUUUCUUUGUAUUUUUCCAUUAUAUACGGUCAACCACAAUAUAUGUAGUUAAGUAUUGAAUAGUUGAAGAUUUCUUCUUUUAAAUAAUUAGGUACUUGUAACUUUGAGCCGUUUCAAAAUAGAUUUUUAAUAUUUCAACAAACAAAACGAAUGCUUUCAGAAUAAAUCCACAUGCAUGCAGACAUUUAUUACAAUGGGCUGUUCCACUUAAAUUUAAAUACCUAAUUUAGGCAUAAAAUUGAGAAACUAUUUUAAGUGUAUUUUCCAAAAAAAAAAAAAGAUCUAUGAGGUUAAAUAAAUACUGUGUUACAAAAUUACAAAAAAAAUAAUUUAAAUUUUGUAUUAUAAUUUAAAAAAAAAGAUUAUCCAAUUAUGCCAUUUCAAAAAUUAGUGAAAGAGACCAUGAUUCUUGAAAAAGAAAUGGGAUGGAAAUAUAUUUAUAACUUUUCGUAUUUAAGUAUUUUUAUUUUUCAAAAAAAAAAGCAUGUGCAUAAAACUAUAUAUACGUGGGUAGAGUUGCUGGCCCCACUUCAGCUAGGGUUGCCACCUUUUGAUUUCCGAAAACCCGUACGUAAUCGAAGCUAACUUUUUUUUGUGGCAUAAUUUACACUCAUAUCUGUAAUGGUAUAUUACAUUACGAGUGUAGAAAGUGACAAAUUUCACACGAGUGUUUUUUCGCGCGAGGCGGUAGCUGAGUGCGAAAAUCACACGAUUGUAUGAAAGACUCUUUCUCACAAGUGAUGUACACCAUUUUUCCUACGACCAGAAGCCGAUUUACA